AUGAGCGGGACCAACCAGUCGCGCGUGUCCGAGUUCCUCCUCCUGGGCCUCUCCAGGCAGCCCCGGCAGCAGCAGCUGCUCUUCGUGCUCUUCCUGAGCAUGUACCUGGCCACGGUCCUGGGGAACCUGCUCAUCGUGCUGGCCAUCGCCACAGACUCCCGCCUGCACACCCCCAUGUACUUCUUCCUCAGCCACCUGUCCUUCGUGGAUGUCUGCUUCUCCUCCACCACUGUGCCCAAGAUGCUGGCCAGUCACGUGCUCGGGGCGCGGACCAUCUCCUUCCCCGGGUGUCUCACGCAGAUGUUCUUUGUCUUUGUGUUUGUGGACAUGGACAAUUUCCUCCUGGCUGUGAUGGCGUACGACCGCUUUGUUGCAGUCUGCCACCCCUUACAUUACACAACAAAGAUGACCCCUCGGCUCUGUGUCCUGCUGGUGGUGGGAUCGUGGGUUGUUGCCAUCCUGAAUGUCCUACUGCACACCCUGCUGAUGGCUCGACUCUCGUUCUGCAUGGACAACACCAUCCCCCACUUCUUCUGUGAUGUGACCCCCCUCCUGCAACUCUCCUGCUCGGACACACACCUCAACGAGAUGAUGAUUCUCACGGAGGGUGCCCUGGUCAUGAUCACCCCGUUUGUUUGCAUCCUGGUGUCCUACGUGCACAUCGCCCGUGCUGUCCUGUGAGUCCCAGCCACAGGGGGCAGGCGGAGGGCCUUCUCCACGUGUGGCUCCCACCUGGCAGUGGUCUCCCUGUUCUAUGGCACCAUCAUUGCUGUGUAUUUCAACCCUGCAUCCCCACACUCAUCUGAGAAGGACACCGCGGCUACCGUGCUGUACACGGUGGUGACCCCCAUGCUCAACCCGUUCAUCUACAGCCUGAGGAACAGGGACUUGAAAGGGGCUCUAAGAAAAGUGGUUGGCAGGAAGACGAACUCUUACUGA